UUGUUUUAGACUCAGAGCCACUCUGCGACUGACCUUCUCGCUUAGAGGAUGAAUGCUUUUCAGACUAUCUUUCUUUUGGCUGUAGGCCUCUCUGUGGCCCACACUUUGGACUACAAGGCUCUCAACCAGUUUAGGAGGAUGAUCCUGUGUCUGUUGCCCAACAGCUGGCCUGCUCUUGACUACUCUGACUAUGGCUGCUACUGUGGACUGGGAGGCUCUGGCACACCUGUUGAUGAUCUAGACAGGUGCUGCCAAGUUCAUGACCAGUGUUACAGUGAUUCUAUGCAGCAUCCUGAUUGCUGGCUGAUCCUUGACAACCCUUACACUGAGAUCUAUGACUACACAUGUGAUCCGGAAAACAAAAAGAUCACCUGUACAAACAAAAACGAUGAAUGUGAGAUGUUUAUCUGUGAAUGCGACAGGGUUGCUGCAGAGUGUUUCAGCAGAUCACAUUGGAACCCUGAUCACGAGCACCUGCCCAGCGACCAGUGCCUGUAAAGUCUUCCACAAACAAUUGGAUCGUCAUGCAAAGAAAGUAACAGAUAAUUGUAGUCAACCAGGGCCACUGCUGGCCAUUUUUAAAAUUACCACAACCAUAAUAAUAAAAAGAAAAGAAAGAUCUGUGUAA